UGAUUGUCUCUUUUAUUUAAAAAAUAUUAGAAAGAAAUGAAAUUGAUGAGAGGAAGUGCCUAAUAUAAAUAUUUUACAAAGAUGCUAACUUAUGAUCAGAUUUACAAAUAUUAAAAUAUCAAUAAUUUAUUUUUCAUAAAUUUAAUAUAUAGAUGUCAGAUUAUGACUACAAUUAUAUGAUGAGACAUGCUAUUCUGGCAGACAUUUAGUUUAAUAAUCAUUAAGCUACCGAAAAUAUAAUUGUAAUAUUUUCCAAGUGUGGAUAACUAUACUAAAUCAUAGAAUGUUAUAAGAAAAUUGUAAAUUUUUGACUGGAUUAUCAAAUAUGAAAAAAAAAAGCCCAAGAGCUUAAUUAUACUUACUAUUGUACAUUUUUUCAUCACUGCCAGACGCCAGUACUCGAAGUAUUUUAGAUUUUUACUUGUUAGCGCCCCAUCACUGUUAGUCGAAUUUAAUUAAUAAAGUCCAAAUAAUUUUUAAUAUAUUCAGUUAGCUUAUCAUUUAUUUUUUUACGAGAGUCAAACCUUAAAAAAGUGGCGCCUAUCAAUACUCCUGGGAACUUCCACCACUGCUCAUUCUUUGUAUUCCAGAAUCCAAACUGGAAUCUUCAAUUUGAUAUUCAUAAUAAUAUCUUUAAUUCAAAAUAAAACCAUACUUGCUCAGAGAAUAGAUUUUGUCAGCGAUGAUCGGCAAUGCUUGUCCGUCCCCUCUCUAAUUCUACCAUCUUUAUACCUAUUGUGUGAUGUAGCCACGCCCCUGCGCACAAAAUCAUGGCACACAUAUUGGAAAUUUGGAAUUCGGAAUUUAUAAUUCAGGCCAUUCAGCGAUUAUAUAGCUUAGAAAAUAUCAAUCUGUGGAUUGGUACAAUCGUUGACGAUCAACACUUAAUCAUAUAUUGUGGUGUUUGAAUAUUUGAUGACCAUUUAACAUUUACCAAUCUAUCAUUAAAUAAUUUGUAUACCAUUUUUUUUUACUAUUGAAUUUUGUAAUAAUAAUAUAGUUAUUAAGUUUAUAAAGUUAAAUUCUUCAAAACAACUACCGUAUAAUAUUACCGUAUAAUGGAAAAACCUAAAGCAAUUCCUUGUCCAUGGGACUUAAAUACCUAUUUUGGACGAUGGAUGUAUUAUUCUUGGAUCACUAAUCCAAAAUUAAACUUCACCUCUUCCGCUAUGAUUGAAGAAGCCAAAUUAAUACACUUCUCUUGUUUAUAUGGAUCAAUUUCAAAUGAUAUCACUGAUACAAAACUGUUACAUGAACAUCAAAUCUACGAAAAUGUAAUUCACCCCGACACAAACGAAAUACAAAACACCUUUGGACGAUUAUCAUUUAUGCCAAUCGGAAAAGCAUUAUUAGUUGCUGUUUUACUAUCUCAAUUGACAAAGAAUACUUCCAGCUAUGGUUGGCAUGGUCUCAAUCAAUCAUACGAUGCAUUUGUAAAUUUUACCAACCGUAACGGAGAUACCAAAUUCAUUCCAACUACUCAAUUUAGAUUCGGAAUAUCCAUGUUGGCUGCCACAGUAACAUCGACUUUUGCUGCAUUUCACAUUGAAAGAUUUCUUAUUAGCAAGAUAUGCCAUCCAAUACCUUAUCGAUUUGUUCCAUUGAUAACACUCGCGGGUGCUAGUUUUAUAAAUGUCCCAAUAAUGAGACAUAAAGAAAUCAUAGAAGGUGUCAGGAUAUAUGACUGCAAUAAAGAAAAAGUUGGAUAUUCAAGAUUUGCUGGAUUAAAAGGUAUAGGAGAAACGAUAGUUACAAGAAUUAUAAUGCUCGCUCCAGGAGUAGUUUUAGUUCAUUACUUAGAAGACGUUUUGGAUAACAAAAGCUGCUGGUUUAGAAAAAAUAAAUGGGCACAUUUUCCUUUUAAAUCAAUUGGAUUUGGAAUUAUACUCGUUGGUAUGCUGCCAACAGCAUGUGCUAUAUUUCCACAAUUUAGUUCUAUUCAAUUGUGUACAUUAAAGCAAUUUGAUAAAGAAGCUUACAAUCAAGUCACAGAUAAAUCUACUGAACUUACAGAUACAUUAUAUUUCAAUAAAGGACUUUAAAAAAUAUCAUGAACUAAUCAUUCUAUAAAUAACAUUUGAAUAUUUUGUUGUAUCAUAUUAUUAUUAACUAAUGUAUAUUUAAAAUUUAGUAAUAAAAAAGAAACCUAAUAGUCUAUUAGUAAUAGACUAUACUAUUACA